GACAGCUCUUUCUUCUGGGACGCCUUGGCCGCUUCCAGGACCGUCUUUGCCGACACGUCCUUGUUUGUGCGUUUUAAUCAGCUAUUGGAAAAUAGCAGGUAUCCUUGUCCGUCCUCCUCUCGCACCCAGUUACACCCAAGAGGGAAGAGGGAGGAAAACAGAGCCAAAAUAAACCCUGUUUGACACGUUGGGGGCUCUUUUCUUGCGUGUUUUGGGGACGAUAGAGGAGGACAAUCCGCUGGGCAAAGCUGCCGGGCUGGAUCGCAACGUGUCUGUAGAGUGUCCCCGCGGUCGAGCUGUGUAUUUAUAUGAAGCAGAGAGCUUUAAUGGGGCUGCCGUCAGCCCUCCUCUCCGCCUCUGGACCGAUUAUCGCCGUGAUUCACGCCUGAAUUCAGACCCAUCAAAGACGACAUUGUGGAUAUGGAAUGGUGCAUGCCGCUGGGCCAAGUUUUCAGCCUCUGAAAAACACCGAAAUCAUGGACAGUCAUCCGCUGUGCACUAGACUUUGUCCACACUCUCUGGACAAAGAAGAUGGAGUCGAGAGGCAGGGUCCCGUCACUCUGAACCCUCGGCACAUGAGGAAGGCAUUCAAAGUCAUGAAUGAGCUUCGCAGCCAGAGCCUGUUGUGUGAUGUAACUAUAGUGGCAGAGGAUGUGGAGAUUGCAGCUCACAGAGUGGUUCUGGCUGCUGGAAGCCCAUAUUUCCACGCCAUGUUCACUGGGGAAAUGGCAGAGAGCAGAGCGAAACGAGUGAGAAUAAAGGAGAUGGACGGCUGGACUUUGGGUCUACUGGUGGACUACAUCUACACUGCAGAGAUCCAGGUCACAGAAGAUAAUGUUCAGGCGCUGUUGCCUGCAGCAGGACUGCUCCAGCUCAACGAGGUGAAAAAGGCUUGUUGUGAGUUCCUGAGCUCUCAGCUCCAUCCGUCCAACUGUCUGGGGAUUCGAGCCUUCGCUGACCUACACGCCUGCUCCCAACUCCUUGCGCAGGCUAACAGCUAUGCAGAGCAACAUUUUACUGAGGUGGUUGGAAGUGAAGAGUUUCUUAAUUUGGGCAUGGAGCAAGUGUCUAGCCUGAUCGCCAGCGACAAGCUCACCAUCCCCACAGAAGAGAAGGUUUUUGAAGCAGUGAUAGCUUGGGUCAACCAUGACAAAGACGUCCGCCAGGAACACUUGGCUCACCUGAUGGAGCAUGUUCGCCUGCCACUGCUCUCCAGAGAAUAUCUGGUCCAGCGGGUGGAGGAGGAGUCCUUGAUAAAGAAUAGCAGCGCAUGUAAGGACUAUCUGAUAGAGGCCAUGAAGUACCACCUACUGCCUGCUGAUCAGAGAGCUCUGAUGAAGACUGCUCGUACUCGCAUGAGAACUCCUGCCUGCUGUCCUAAGGUUAUGGUGGUGGUUGGCGGUCAGGCUCCAAAGGCUAUCCGGAGUGUUGAAUGUUAUGACUUUGAGGAUCAACGAUGGUACCAGGUGGCUGAACUUCCAACUAGGCGUUGCAGAGCAGGUGUGGUGUACAUGGGAGGUUGUGUGUAUGCAGUCGGUGGUUUCAAUGGCUCUUUACGUGUGCGCACGGUCGACUGUUACGACCCGAUGGUGGACCGCUGGACUAGUGUAAGCAGUAUGCAGGACCGGCGAUCAACACUAGGGGCCGCUGUUCUCAACGGACUCCUCUACGCUGUCGGUGGAUUUGAUGGCAGCACAGGUCUGUCCACAAUUGAGGCGUACAAUGCCAAGACAGAUGAGUGGUUCCAUGUGCUGCCCAUGAGCACCCGACGCAGCAGUGUAGGAGUGGGUGUUGUUAAUGGGAUCCUCUAUGCUGUUGGAGGUUAUGAUGGGGCUACGAGACAAUGUUUAAGUACAGUAGAAGCUUACAACCCUAAAAGCAACACAUGGAGCUAUAUAGCAGAGAUGGGCACGAGACGAAGUGGAGCAGGUGUAGGGGUAUUAAAGGGUUUACUUUAUGCUGUCGGGGGACAUGAUGGUCCACUGGUCAGGAAGAGCUGUGAAGUUUAUGACCCUGCCACCAACAGCUGGCGACAAGUAGCUGACAUGAACAUGUGUCGACGCAAUGCGGGCGUGUGUGCUGUAAACAACUUACUAUAUGUAGUGGGAGGAGAUGAUGGCAGCUGCAAUUUGGCCUCGGUGGAGUUCUAUAAUCCAAAUUCUGAUAAGUGGACGCUACUGCCAACUUGCAUGAGCACAGGCCGCAGCUAUGCAGGAGUGACCGUGAUUGACAAGCCCUUAUGACUGCUUUAAACACUUGCUGCUGAUUCAGAGCAGAAUGUAUUCUGCUGAAUACUGAUCUUGGAUCUGUCUACGAUGCCAAUGCUUCAAUGUUGGGCAGCAUUAGCACAGGCACUGACGAAGAUGAAGAAUGCGACAAGAUUGUUAUUUUUGAGGAUGAAGAAGAUUUUUGCACUUACCUGAAUGGGGAAGGGGAGCUGUAGCAAACGAAGGGAUCAAACCUGUGUUUUAAUUGGCUCCUGACUGGACUGCAGCGGCGACUGGACAACCCAGUUUGAAGCACCACUGUACCACUGCAGUGCCAUUGAAACGCUACUGAUGCGAAGCAGCUACAACUGCAAAGUUACUUUAACAUUAGUAAUGUUAACAUGAACCAGCUCUGAGAAAGACCACUCAUCUCACCUAUGGGAGAGCAAAGCGGAGAAGGACCACUGUUGGACUGAAGUUAAUUUCUCCUUCAUUUUUAUUCUUCUGAGAAGUGUGUUUGUGUGUGUGCUAGCAUAUAAAGGUGCUCCAUUGCUUGCUGAUGUGAGCAUGUGUGUUCAUGUGCAUCUGAAUCUGUGUGUGUGAUGACGCCUGGGUUGACGCUGCAUGAGCACACUCUGUCCAACUUCUGACCUAUUACAGUGUUGCAGUGAGCCUGUUUGAGAGUGCCUGAAUGUACACCACCUUCUUUUCUCUGUUAAGCCUUGAGUACUGUUACUGGAGAGAGUACAGCUGGAUGCAGCUGCUAUUCUGUUUGGGUCGCUACAUGUUUUUUGUAGAGAAAACAGACUUUCAGUAGAAGUGCUAACUCUGGUCAGAAAGAAGCCUCAUUCAUGUUGCCAAACACGGUGACAGAAGGAGAAACUGAAAUGAAAAGUUGGAUGUAUCUGUGCUUUACAGUCACCUGGCAGCCAUAUUUACUGUGGUUAUAACCACUAAUGACAGCAGCAGCCUGAAGUCUCUGCAUGGUCCUUGUCUUUAAGCUGUUAUCUUUAACGGUUCCCUCCUCUUCUUCGGUGUUACAACCCUACUAACUACUGCACACCCUGACGUACUAUGAAUGUGCCAAUUUUAAUAUGUCUCCUCUUUUUCUGUCUCUCUUUAUAAAUCCGUUACUAGUCUUUUCUCUCUUUUUGGAAAGUGACCAAGCCUCUUCUUUGAGUUUCUUUUUCUUGAGUCUCUUUUUCUCGCCUCUCCUGCUAUAUUCAAAACUGCUAUAAAAGUAACUGGUAUCGCUGUUUCUUGUCAGUGUAUUGAGGAAUGUCAUGUAGGCUUAUAACUUUGAAAAUGUUCCAUUAUUUGUUUUCUAUUAUCAUGAAUAAAUAUGCUUCUUGUAUUUAAAGCUGUGAAAUUAUAUAAUCUGUUUUUAAAAAUUUGCCAAAUCAGUAAAACAUCAAAACGUGA